AAAAUUUGGUACAACGUAACAUCUCCUUUGCAAUAUCAAAUAUCAGUAGUUUCACCUCUCCUGCAGUGCUCACCAGCAUUUUUUUUCGAAUUCUAAAGAAUCACACAUGGAAAGACACUUGAAUUCCGGCAGGAACCGCAACCAUGAAACUCGCCGCACCGUCAAUCACCAAGCUAGGACAGCUGCAGAGGCCGAAGUGGAAGAUUGGGUGAGACAAGUUCUAAGAAAAACCGAAAAAACGCUAACAUUGUUGCGGGAGGCGGCUGGUGACAGCGCUUGCUGCAUCUUUAGAGUCCCUCAAAUGGUGGAGAUCAACGAGAAGGCUUACCAACCCCGCAUAGUGUCUAUCGGUCCUUACCAUAACGGCUUGGAGCAUCUCAAGAUAAUUGAAGAGCACAAAUGGCGAUUUCCCAGCUCACUUCUUGAGCGGAAAGAAGAUUAUGAUAAUAUCCUCCAAAAUUGUUUCCUGAUUAUAGCCUCUUUGGAGCCGGAAAUAAGAGCGUGUUAUUCAGAGACCAACAGGUUUAAGAGCCAUGAAUUCGUUGAGAUGAUGGUGCUUGACGGGUGUUUCAUCAUCGAGCUCGUGUGUAAGGUUACAGGGUUGAUACGUAGAGAACCUGAUGAUCCCAUCUUCAAGAUGGAUUGGAUUCUUCCUUUUCUUAUGCGUGAUCUUAUCAAGUUAGAAAACCAAAUUCCAUUUUUUGUUCUUCAAAAUUUGUUUGACAUUUUAGAACCGAAUCCAACAACCUCCUUAGUUAGUCGGACCCUACGAUUCUUCAGUGAUCAUGUGCUCGAAAGGCCUGAAUCCGUCCUAUCGAAAGCUGACAAUCUUCAAGCAAAACAUAUACUCGAUUUAGUUCGCUUGAGUUUUCGCCCUUCAUCCCCCAAAAGACCAGUAAGUCCGAGUAAGAAGAAUUUUCUUCUGUACUUUCAGCCUGCUGAGAAGCUUCACCAUGCUGGAAUUCAGUUCACGACAACGAAGAACAAAGAUAGCUUCUUAGAUAUCAAAUUUGCUAAUGGAGUCCUCAGAAUUCCACCUUUACCUAUGGAUGAUAUCGUCAGCUCUUUCUUCCUCAAUUGUGUUGCUUUUGAACAAUGUUAUGGCCAUUGCGAGAAGUUCAUCACCGAUUAUGCUAGGUUUAUGGGUUGUCUCAUUCACACCUUGAGCGAUGCAGGGUUCCUUUGUGACCACAAAAUCAUUGAAAAUUGUUUUGGAACGGACGGCGAAGUUGCUCGAUUCUUUACCGAUGUAGGAAAGGAUGUGGUGUUCGAUAUCGAGAGGUCGUAUCUGGCUAAAUCGAUUGAGGAAGUGAAUGAGUAUUAUUGGAACGAUUGGCAUGUUCGAUGGGCGAGCUUUAAGAACAAGUAUUUUGACACCCCGUGGUCGUUCAUCUCAGCCUCUGCAGCGGCUGUUCUCCUAAUACUCACCAUGAUUCAGACCUUCUUUGCUUGGUACUCGUAUGCUUAUCCUCGAAAAAAUAACUAAGUAUUGUGACCACUUAUGUCGUUCAAGACUUGAACCGAUCCAGGGAUGUUGAGAUAUUUGUUUUAUUAUCAGCAGAGCUGUAUGAAUGUAUGAAAGGUGUAAUGAUUAGAAGUUUACUGUUCAGUAACUUUACUCGGA